AUGGCAGAGCGACAUUUCGUGUCGAGAUCUAGUUUAGAAGAUAUUUAUAAACCAUUCGAGCAGCAACGUAAAAAAUUGAAACACACGAGUUCAUGCUCCAAUGAAUUUACUUGUAGUUUCGCGAGAAAGUAUUACGAUCGAAAAGUUCCUUUAUGUAGGUUCGGUAUGAUUAAUAUUUGUCAGUAUACUGUGCCGUAAUCUGGUCAGACAGAGUUAAUACGCGAAUUAAUUAGGAAGCUGGUUCACUUUUGUAUCGGUAUUUAAAUUACUAAGUGUUAAACACAACAUUAAGCGUACGACAUUUUAUGAAAAUUGAAUGACUGAAAAUUUGCUAACUGUUUAUGAAUAUUUAGUACUUACCGCUUAAUUGAUUACAAAUGCCUUAUUUGCAAGGUAAUGUGUGUUGGUGAAAGUGUGUCAAGAAUGAUAAAUACCGUCAUAUUUAUCUUACAGAUUUUUUUGUUUAAUCUAUUCAUUAGCGAAAAUGUAAAUGUUGCAUCGAAUAUUAAUUUGACAAAAUUCAACUUGCAAACGAAAUAUUCUCUAAAUUAUAAGCUAGUCUCUAUUUACUUCGUGAUCUAUCUAUGUUUUACUUCAUAUUGUACUUUUGAUGUAACACCGUUGUAUAUUUAAAAUUUAUUCGCUAUCAACGCUUGAUGAUUCGUGGAAAAUCAAUCCCCGAAUAUUCUUAUGCUCGAACUUUAACGAAUUUCCAGAAAACUGAGAAAAUGUUGGAACUUGAAAAUUAACACCAUUGUAAAACUUUCCGAAAGGAAAUUUUUCGUCUGAUUGUUUGAUCGUUUUUUUGUAAUUUUCUGCUGAUUUUUUCCAUCGACAUUCAACGAAGCUCAAAGUACUUGAACACUGGAACUCGUUCGUUCGCCAAUUCUAACUAUCGAAACGUUACAUUGUUUCAGGUGCUGAAUGGAAACUCUUAACGGAGGACGAGAAACGACCCUUUAUCGAUCAGGCGAAGAGGUUACGGGCACAGCACAUGAAGGAACAUCCUGAUUAUAAAUACAGACCUAGAAGAAAGCCGAAAACCUUGCGAAAGGAAGGCUACCCUUACAGUAUUCCGUAUCCCAGCGUGCCCAUGGACGCGUUCCGUGCUGGUAAGUCAAUUAGUUUCUGCUUCUUGAAAAAGAUAUAAAGAUCGUAACGUAAACGUCUCAAGAAAUUAAAAUAUAAAAGAAGUGUAGCGUCAUAAUUUGUGAAAGAUAAAAAAAACAAUUUUCAUUCAAAGUCAGCAACAAAUUUGGAGUCAACACUCCAAAACUAUAG